ACCAAUCCAAUCAAAGAUGUGUUAAGCAAACUGCCAACUGCAAAAGUAAAUGCCAUUGUCGAUUCAUGCAAAGCUUAAAGCCCCCCCACAAAAACUAUGACCUCGUCUUCCCAUUUGAACCAUCCAAGAUGCAGACCACUGCACUCUCUCUUUCUCCUUUAACUCCAUUGUUUAGACCUUUAAACAAGAACCCAAACCCCAGAUUUAGUACUCCAGUAUCCAACUCCUCUUCUUUAAAGCCAUUCAGUUCCAUCAAUGGACUUCCGUUUCAAAAAGCUUCUUUGCUCUCUUCUUGUUCCCCCUUCAAUGCUUCUUUGCUUGUUUCUAAAGAAAGAUAUGAUGGAUUUAGGGUCAGAGCUCAAGAGGUUCCUGAAAACAUAGGCGAGACAAAGGGGUAUACUGGUUUGGCCACCAGCCUGCAACUCGGAGCCAUGUUUGCAGUUUGGUAUCUUUUGAAUAUCUAUUUCAACAUCUUCAACAAGCAGGUUUUAAAGGUGUAUGCAUUUCCAGCCACAGUUACAGCCUUCCAAUUUGGGUGUGGUACUUUGAUAAUCCUCAUAAUGUGGGCUUCAAAUCUCCACCAUAGACCCAAGCUUACUCGUUCUCAGGUUGCAGUGAUCAUUCCAUUGGCUGUAGUUCACACUUUGGGCAAUCUUUUGACCAAUGUGAGUAUUGGCAAAGUUAAUGUUUCAUUCACUCACACCAUUAAAGCAAUGGAGCCCUUUUUCACUGUAUUGUUCUCUGUUCUGAUUCUUGGAGAGUGGCCUACUUUGUGGAUAGUAUCCUCCCUCGUACCAGUUGUUGGUGGAGUGGCAUUAGCAUCAUUCUCCGAGGCAUCUUUUAAUUGGAUUGGUUUCUGCAGUGCAAUGGCUUCCAAUGUGACUAACCAAUCGCGUAAUGUGUUUAGCAAAAAGUUCAUGGUUAGAAAUGAGGAGACAUUGGACAAUAUCAAUAUUUUCUCAAUAAUAACAAUAAUUUCGUUUAUUCUGUUGGUUCCUGCUGCCAUUUUAUUGGAAGGUGUGAAGUUCAGUCCUUCAUAUCUACAAACUGCUGCAAACCAAGGUUUGAAUGUCAGAGAGCUGUGCAUAAGAUCACUUCUGGCUGGAUUCUGUUUCCACAGUUAUCAACAGGUGUCAUACAUGAUAUUGCAAAUGGUGUCACCAGUGACGCAUUCAGUGGGGAAUUGUGUGAAGAGAGUUGUGGUCAUCAUUUCAUCAAUCAUCUUCUUCCAGACUCCUGUUUCACCCAUCAACUCCCUCGGCACUACCCUGGCUCUUACCGGAGUCUUCCUCUACUCCAGAGCUAAACAACUGAAGCCAAAACCCAAGUCCGCGUAAUAAAUCAAUUUGUAUUCUCUUUCCCUUUUUUAAAGGUGAAAGGUUAGGCCUUUACCUAAUCAUAGAAAAACAAACUUCAACACCAAAUCAACUGAAUGCAGAGUUUGAUUUCCUUGCA